AUUCUUUUUAACACCUUUUCCUUUUCCCCAUAGUUUUUUUUAGAUAAUUUUUUGUUUUCCCAACACAAGAAACACAUUUGGAUCCCCCCAUGCUACCACCUUCUCUUCAGAGAACAUCAACAACAACAUUGUUGAUCAUCUCUCAAACCUCACCACCUUGACCCCUUUACUCUCCCUUCUCUUCCCUUCCCUUCCACCCUCCUUGUUCGUGCUCUCCCUUCCAUUCCACCAUGGGCAAUUGUUGCUCAGGUGGCACCAAUGACCCUGAGAACAAGGGAGAAUCCAACCCACCAAACCACGAGGGUGGUGCAAGUGCGACUACCCCACCACCCUCAUCCAAGCCAGCCUCUCAUCAUCCUGGCAAGCACUCAAAGCCAGCCCCGAUCGGACCAGUGCUUGGAAGGCCGAUGGAGGACGUGAGGAGCAGCUACAGCAUGGGGAAAGAGCUAGGGAGAGGGCAGUUUGGUGUGACACAUUUGUGCACACAGAAGAGCACAGGGAAGCAAUAUGCAUGCAAGACCAUAGCCAAGAGGAAGCUGGUGAACAAGGAGGAUAUAGAUGAUGUGAAGAGGGAGGUGCAGAUCAUGCACCAUCUCUCAGGCCAGCCUAACAUUGUGGAGCUUGUUAAUGUGUAUGAGGAUAAGCAAUCUGUUCAUUUGGUCAUGGAGUUGUGUGCUGGAGGGGAGCUCUUUGAUCGCAUCAUUGCCAAGGGACAUUACACUGAACGUGCUGCAGCUUCAUUGUUGAGAACCAUUGUUCAGAUUGUCCACACCUGCCAUUCCAUGGGGGUCAUUCAUAGAGAUCUCAAGCCUGAGAAUUUCCUCUUGUUGAACAAAGAUGAGAAUGCACCUCUCAAGGCCACUGAUUUUGGUCUCUCAGUUUUCUACAAGCAAGGAGAGGUGUUUAAAGACAUUGUUGGCAGUGCAUAUUACAUUGCUCCAGAGGUGUUGAAGAGAAGAUAUGGGCCAGAAGUUGACAUAUGGAGUAUUGGUGUUAUGUUAUACAUUCUUCUAUGUGGUGUUCCUCCAUUUUGGGCAGAAUCCGAAAAUGGGAUAUUCAAUGCAAUACUACGAGGCCAUAUUGACUUUACUAGCGAUCCAUGGCCUUCCAUUUCACCUCAAGCGAAGGAUCUUGUAAGGAAAAUGUUGAAUUCAGAUCCCAGGCAGAGGCUUACGGCUCACGAAGUUCUGAAUCAUCCAUGGAUCAAGGAGGAUGGAGAAGCACCAGAUGUUCCUCUUGACAACGCAGUGCUGAAUAGACUGAAACAGUUCAGAGCAAUGAACGAGUUCAAGAAAGUUGCUCUAAGGGUCAUCGCGGGUUGCCUGUCAGAGGAAGAAAUAAUGGGAUUGAAGCAGAUGUUUAAGGGAAUGGAUACUGACAACAGUGGAACCAUUACAAUUGAAGAGCUCAAGCAAGGUCUUGCAAAACAAGGGACUAAGCUUACAGAACAAGAAGUUAAGCAAUUAAUGGAAGCUGCAGAUGCUGAUGGCAAUGGAACCAUAGAUUAUGAUGAAUUCAUUACAGCAACAAUGCACAUGAACCGAAUGAACAAAGAAGAUCAUCUUUAUACUGCCUUCCAAUACUUCGAUAAAGAUAACAGCGGGUACAUUACAAUUGAAGAACUAGAGCAGGCUCUCCAUGAGUUUAACAUGCACGAUGGCAGGGACAUCAAGGAAAUCAUUUCAGAAGUUGAUGCAGAUAAUGAUGGUCGGAUUAACUAUGACGAGUUUGCUGCAAUGAUGAACAAAGGAAACCUAGAAGUUAAUACAAAGAAGAGGCGUGAUUCAAGCUUAUAUUAAUUGGGGAUUAUGCAUAGAUAUUCAGCCCUGUGUCUUUGGCUGGCGCAGAUGGUGGUGAGUGAAAAAUCAAGGAGUGUUGUGCCUGAUAGCUGUUUGGUUGGGACUGGGAAUAUACAUGUGAGGAAUGGGUCGAGGUGGAAAACAUACAAAAUUAGAGGGGGAAAAUAACUUGAACCAACAUUUGAGAAAUUUGGACGUAUGCUAGGUGUUUGAUUGGUUGGUUUCGGUUUUUUCUUCUUUUCUUUCCUGUGUAGAAUUGAAUUGAAUCUUGUACUAUAAUCGCUUCUCACUCAGGAAUCAAAUUAAAAGAAUUUUUAAAUAUGUACUGAUUCCUUUUCAACAA